AUGCUCUCGCAGCUGCUGAACCCCGAGACCCAGCCCUCUCAGGUUCAGCAACCUCAUCAGCACCCGCCGCCUCCGCCCACCUCCUCCUCCUCUUCCACCUCCGCCGCGCCUGCUCAGCCCAACACUCCCUCGCAGUUGCCCGACUCUUCCUCCCCCUCCCAGCCCGCGACACCCUCGCCGCACACUCCCAUGGCCGGCGCUGCCAUGACCAUGCCGAUGGGCGUCGCCAUGCAGAAUAACGACGAGCAUCGACCAGACCUGCCGCGCCCCUACAAGUGCCCGCUCUGCGAUAAGGCAUUCCACCGAUUAGAACACCAAACACGACACAUCCGUACCCAUACCGGAGAGAAGCCUCACGCCUGCCAGUUCCCAGGAUGCACGAAGCGCUUCAGCCGGUCCGACGAGCUCACCAGGCAUUCUCGCAUCCACAACAACCCCAACUCUCGCCGCGGCAACAAGCAACACGUCGCCGCCGCCGCCGCCGCCGCCAUGUACGACAACCAGACUAUUCAUCAGCAGCUGAACCAGUUGAAUCAGCUCAACCAUAUGAACCAGAUGAAUCAGCUUAAUCAAAUCAACCAGAUGAAUCAGCUUAAUCAGAUCAAUCAGAUGAACCACAUGAAUCACAUGGGACAGAUGGGCCAGGGACAGAUGGGGCAGAUGGGACAAUGCAAUCAGAUGAGCCAGCCGGCUGCCAACCAGAUGACUUCGAUGAUGCCGCCGCCUCCUCAGCAACAACAGCAGCAUCAGCAACCAACCCAGCAGCCGCCUCCGCAACAGCAACAACCGCAUCAACCUCCGCAAUCACAGAUCGCCCUGUCGCCACCGCCAGUGCCCAUGCCAACCGCGACUCAGUCGGCGCCUGUAUCUCAACUGAGCUCGCCAAAUGUCUCCCCUCCUCAUCACUACGCGACGUACACUAGCACCCCUGGCUCGUACAUGACGCGGAAUACCAGUGGAGACUUGAGCCCAGCAGCGGGCAAUGGAUAUGGUCACAGACCCAUGGACAUCAACCUGCUCGCAACCGCAGCUUCGCAAGUUGAACGCGAGAACAACUCUCAGGUCCCCAACCAGCAUCUGUCUCUGCCUACGAGGCACAAUUACUCUUCGCAUCCAUACCACCAUCCUUAUCAUGCUGGACGGAUGCCGUCUCUAUCAUCGUAUCACUACUCGUCAAAUCCAACUUCGCAGCCGAUGUCGAGAUCGCACUCACACGAUGACGACGACCACCGCCCAACGAAGAAGUCAAGACCUGGUUCUCCGCAAUCUACGGCGCCGCCAUCGCCAUCAUUCUCGCAUGCGUCAGCAUCACCCACUCCUGACCACACGCCCCUCGCGACACCCUCGCACUCGCCGCGUCUGAGACCCCAAUUCUUCCACAAUGGUGUUCAGCUACCAACACUGCACUCUCUUUCACUUCAGCACCAGCCACCGCCCGCUCUCGCUCCAGUGGAGCCGUCAGCGGACGGCUCGCAGCCUUACGUUCCGGCCCAACACAGCGGUCUCAGAAUCAGCGAGAUCAUGGAGGCAGGCGAUGGCGCCCAGCGCAAAUUGCCCGUGCCAAUGGUCGCGGGUCCCAAGGAUACUGGAUAUACCGUGAAGGAGUUGCGAAAUCCGGAUAGCGGAGUCAGCAGCGGUCAGAGCAGUGCGAGAGCAAGUGAAGCUGGAAACGAUCUUCACGAACGAUUCUAA